AUGAAGGUCCCCAUGUCCCCGCUCAAAAUGACGGUCACGUCGCCGAGAAAUCCACUGACCCGGAGAGAGAGCGGUACCUCCCCUAGACAUGGGCAGAGGCCGCCCGCUCGCAACCUCUCCCCGCCUCCUUCUCCCCUCCCCUCCCCGCCCUUCACCGCCCCUACCCUCCCCUCCCCUCCGCUUGCCGCCCCUCGGCAGGGCUUUCCUCCACUCUGCGGGGCCCCAACAGUCCGUCCGUAUAUUCCUCCAACCUUCCAUCGAGCCGUGGAUCCGCCCACCCUUCCUUCCGUCUGUCGGUCUGCCGGACCACUGGAAGACCUAGGCCCCAGGCCCUUCCUAGAGCACCGGACACGGCCCGCGCCUGCGCCCGCCCGCCAGCCCGCCAGCCAGCCAGCCAGCCAACGUGUCGCCCACCCCUCAGAGACAAGUCGCUUAGCAACCGUGCCCGAGGCGCAGCCAGGCCUCGCGGCCUGGUCGCCUGCGCAUGCGCGCCUGGAGGACCGGCUUCAGCUCCACCAGCCAGAAGGACGACAGGAGGGCCGAGCGGCCACGGUGAGAGGCGGCCUUCCCGAGUUGGUCGUAUGGACGCCUCCCCUUAGGUCCCAGCCCAACCGAAGCUCCCGGCCUCAGCGGGGAAGUUUCUUUCCCUGUUGGAUUCCCACUGCCAUCAAGGAAACGCAGGCUGAGAUACUAACAGCACACGCCCGAGUCGAGGGCUUGGCUCACCAAUCAACUUCUCCUCUGGGGGCUCACAAGGCAGGAAGUUUAAAGGCUUUCUCGUUCCGCGCCCUCCAGCGCUCAAGGUUCUGGUGGUGGCAGCAACCCAGUUCCAGGCGAGUCUGCCAAAACUCAUCAGAAAACAAAGGGGAGUGUGGUGCAUUUCCUGGGAUGCAGAUCAUGCUGAAAGAAAUAGGAACAGACGUUCCAUCCUAGGUGAAAGACACAGAAGGGAAAUGCCCAGUCCGGACCGGGAAUGGAAGGUCCUUGAUGAGGUGAAAAACAGAACAAAGCAAAGCAAUGGAAAUAGGGGAUGGCCAAGACUUCCCAAGAACAGAAGCACUGACCGGAGCCAAAAGGGGUUUAAGAAGGAAAAGCGAACCCAGUGCCAUGGAACGCGUGUACUGCAGAGGAGGAGGAGGAGAGAAUCAUGGAGAAGACGGAAGAGCACACACAAGCACAGAGAAGAGAGAGAGCGAGUCAGACAGGUGUGGAAUCGGGAUGCGGCCAGGAAGGAGGGAGGCAGAGGGUGCACCUCUGAGGCGGUGUUUGGAGAUUUCAGGGCUGAUAAUGACCCCAAGCCGUGCUUUGGACCACAGGGAGAACCCCCAGGGGGGGUCACGAUGAAGAAGUUCCUAUCCAGGACCACAGGAGGAGAUGUGCUGAGCCCCAACCCAUGCUCUCAGAAGCUUGCAGUCAGGGUGAGCCGACCCCAAACACCCAGAGAGAGCACUUUCCAACAGCAGAGGAUAGCCCCACCGCCCCCAUCCCAUCCCGGGGUCCCUACAUCCCAGCAAGAAGACUGGAAGCUAGCAAAUGAAGUGCUGGUAGGCCAAAACACACAGCUCAACUGGAAGUGGAUCGGUGGUGGUGAAUUUUCCAGAAGGUUGUAGUCGAGUGGAUCAUGCCUUGCCCAAGGGACUUUCCUCUUCCAGAUCAUGGCGCUGUGGUCG